AUGACCGCCUCUGUCGACUCACACCUCAAGGAUGUGGCCAUCCUGGCCAGCAUCCCCAACGAUGCCCGCAAAAUCCUCACCAAGGAGGCCUGCGCCUUCCUGGCCAUCCUGCACCGCACCUUCAACCCUACCCGCAAGGCCCUGCUCCAGCGCCGCAUCGAUCGCCAGGCCGAGAUCGACAAGGGCCACCUGCUUGACUUCCUCCCCGAGACCAAGCACAUUCGUGAGAACGACGCAUGGAAGGGUGCUCCUCCUGCUCCCGGUCUGAUCGACCGUCGUGUCGAGAUUACUGGCCCGACCGACCGCAAGAUGGUCGUUAACGCCCUCAACUCCGAUGUCUGGACCUACAUGGCCGACUUUGAGGACUCCUCUGCUCCCACCUGGGAGAACAUGAUCAACGGCCAGGUCAACCUGUACGAUGCCAUCCGUCGCCAGGUCGACUUCAAGCAGGGCGGCAAGGAGUACAAGCUCCGCACUGACCGCAAGCUGCCUACCCUCAUUGCCCGUGCCCGUGGCUGGCACCUGGAUGAGAAGCACUUCACCGUCGAUAGCGAGCCCAUCUCUGGUUCUCUGUUCGACUUUGGUCUGUACUUCUUCCACAACGCUAAGGAGCUCGUCGCCCGCGGUGCCGGUCCUUACUUCUACCUGCCCAAGAUGGAGUCCCACCUCGAGGCUCGCCUGUGGAACGACGUCUUCAACCUGGCCCAGGAUUACAUUGGCAUGCCCCGCGGCACCAUCCGUGGUACCGUUCUGAUCGAGACUAUCACCGCCGCCUUCGAGAUGGACGAGAUCAUCUACGAGCUGCGCGACCACAGCUCCGGUCUGAACUGCGGCCGCUGGGACUACAUCUUCUCCUUCAUCAAGAAGUUCCGCCAGCACCCCAACUUUGUCCUCCCCGACCGCUCCGAUGUCACCAUGACCGUUCCCUUCAUGGACGCCUACGUCAAGCUGCUCAUCAAGACCUGCCACCGUCGCGGUGUCCACGCUAUGGGUGGCAUGGCCGCCCAGAUCCCCGUCAAGAACGACCCCGUCGCCAACGACAAGGCCAUGGAGUCCGUCCGCGCCGAUAAGCUGCGUGAGGUCCGCGCCGGCCACGACGGUACCUGGGUUGCCCACCCGGCCCUGGCCUCCAUCGCCUCCGAGGUCUUCAACAAGUACAUGCCGACCCCCAACCAGCUCUUCAAGCGCCGCGAGGAGGUCCAAAUCACCGCCAACGACCUGCUGAACACCAACGUCCCCGGCAAGAUCACCGAGGUCGGCAUCCGCAAGAACCUCAACAUCGGCCUGAGCUACAUGGAGGGCUGGCUGCGCGGUGUUGGCUGCGUGCCCAUCAACUUCCUCAUGGAAGACGCUGCUACCGCCGAGGUCUCCCGCUCCCAGCUGUGGCAGUGGGUCCGCCACAACGUUAGCACUGCUGAGGGCAAGCGUGUCGACAAGGCGUAUGCCCUGCGUCUGCUGCAGGAGCAGGCUGACAGCCUGGCCUCCCAGGCUCCCAAGGGCAACAAGUACCAGCUUGCUGCCCGGUACUUCGCUGGCCAGGUGACCGGUGAGGACUACGCUGAUUUCCUGACCAGCUUGCUGUACAACGAGAUCUCCUCGGCUGGCUCUGCUGCUAAGCUGUAA